AUGUCCGUGCUCUUCGUGGCUGUAGUCGUCAUGAUCGCUCCAACCGCCCUUUCGCCGAAAUCUUCAUCGCACACGUCCAUGCUGGCAGAUGACUUCCGGGAUCAUCGCGAGGCACAAGAAGCUGAACAUGGAAGCGCAGCGCUGCAGUCACAGGUGUCAAAGUGGACUCAGUGCUGCGUCACACAGGACAUUGGGAACAUCACAAUCAAAAGCCACACUUUCCGUAAAGAGGCAUUGGAGAUCCUCGGAAACAUUACCUACGCUGGUGCUUACGGUUGGAAAGAUGGAUUCCACAUGAAGCCUUAUACGGAGGACUGCCUUCAUGCCCUGCAACUGGAUUAUUGUCCGAGCGUGCAAAAGACUCUGCUCGAUCAUUACGGAUACAAUAAUUUAAAAGGCCACGCCUACGUCAUAGAGAUGACCAGAGUGAUCGAGAUGAGCCACGCCUUCGUCGCCAAGUACCAUUUUAAGAGGGAGUCUUAUUGGUUGCGUGCGCCAGCAUGUCCUGAUGGCAUGGAAUCAGCCACAGAUGCGCACCGAUGCACACAGGCUCUAGAGUAUUUCUCGCGGUUCUUGCGCCAACACUAUCGAUAG